CAGGACAAAGUACUCUCACGUGAUAUCCUUUCUCCCGAAGACGGCGUCGUUUGCGAAGCUUCACACAGAAGAUUUACGUGAAGCUACACACUACAAACACUUGGGCAGUUCCAUAUUCACUUGAACCAACCAACUCCUUUCAAUCGCAAUGGAAGGAAGGAAAUACAAAUACCAGACGCAGGCGGUGGUUGCUGCUCCAUCCUCACCGCCGUGGAUCCAUCUGCCUCGAGAUAUAACGGCGGAUAUUCUCCAGAGGCUGGGGGUGGAUGAUUUGCAAGGAUCCCGCCUUGUGGCGAGUGCUUUAUUUCUCUAACCCUCUCCCACGGAAAUUGCUGAGCGACUACGAUCUCAUGCUGCGACGCGCAGUCGACCGCAGCCAAGGACAAUUGAUCGACCUCACCGUCCACUACUUCGGCUCCGCAAAUCUCAUGAAUCACAUCGCCCGUCGAUCAACAAAUCUCAAACGCGUUAAACUUGGAAUUUGCUUUCACAUAUCAGGAUUUCAUGCAGCUCGAAUAUUUGCAAAACUUCCACACUUGGAAGAAUUGCACCUUACUCUUGAUCGUGCUGUCGACAUUAGAUCUAUUGGCUAUGCUUGCCCGACCUUGAAAUCCUUCUCACUCAACACAUUUAACUGCAAGUUUGUGUUGUUGGAAGGUGCUGAUGACGUCAUAAGUUUCUACCGAAAUCUGUGUGCUCGCGCAAUCGCUGAAAGCAUGCCCAAUCUCCAGCAUCUCCAACUCUUCGCACAUUGGAUUGGAAACCAAGGGCUCGAAGACAUCCUGGAAGCCUGUCCACGCCUCGAAUCACUUGAUGUCCGACGAUGCUUUGAUCUCCAUCUUGAAGGGGAUUUAGGGAAGAGAUGCCGCGAGAGGAUGAAAGUUCUUAAACUCCCCCAUGACUGAGUCAGUGAUGUUCCGUGGCCUAACUGGGAUGGCCGUGAUCCGUUUGGUCCGGACGCCUAUUUUGAUGUUUAUAAAUAUGACUAUUAUCAAGAUGGGGAAGAUUAUUUUUCAGGUGAAGAGGAUGAGGACGAUGAAGACGUUUUAAGUGAAGAGGAUGAUGACGAUGAAGAGGUUUUAAGUGAAGAGGAUGGGGAUUUAAGUGAAGAGGAUAAUGACGAUGAAGGCGCUUUCGAUGGGGAUUUAAGUGAAGAGGAUGAUGAUGAUGAAGACGAAAACGCCGGCUAGUUCUAGGCAUGGUAGAUGGUGAAGGUAUGGCGAAGGUGUCUUGUUUUGUUUUCUGGCUUGAGAUAUAUGCACAAAUGAUACUCUAGUUGAUUCUGUCCAGGGUUAGCAUUGUGAAUGAUUUUGUAGUUAUCUAGCUUCAUUAAUACCAAUAUAUCUAUAUGGUAUGAUAGUAUUAAUUACUUAUUUAUAGUAAUAAAUUAAUCUAUUAUGUA